AUGGGAGUUGAGUCUGGCAAGCAAAUACUCUUGACCCACUGGACCAACUCCUUCUCGAGGGGGUCCCAGAGUUUGCCUUUCCUUCUAGCAAACCCCUUUGGCGAUCCCGAACUACUCCGGAUGCCAGCUGAUCAGACACCCGCGAUUUCUCGUGUACACGUAACAACGAUCCGUGUUAUUGCUCCUCUAAGCAAAGCGGCGGGUCUUUUCUGUGAGAAUGGCCUUUGCAGCCGUGAAUUGAUGGAUCUGCUCCAGGAGGGUCACUUUCCCCUCGCCUUCCUUCGCCCUCGCAGACCUGACCUCGCUCUUCCGUUCCAGCCCGCCAGGACACACCCCAAACGCUCUUCUUCGCCUCCUCGGUCCCGGCUCCAGGCAGCAAGAGAUGAGCGCGCCACGCGGGGAAAGCGAAGCGAGCGAGCAAAGCGUCUCUUCCGUCGUCGUGCUGGACAGCGAAAAGGACAGCCACUCGGGGUUUCAGUUCUGUCAUCCCAGGGCGGUCAUGCUGACAUCAUUUCUGUCAGUUCCGUGGAAGAAAUGCCACCAGCAAGUCCUCCAGGACCGAACGCAAAAAACAUUGCAUAUGAAGUAAACUUCAAAAAGAGAAAUAUUGAAGAAAUCUGCAUAUGCUGUGGAAGCCUUGAGAUUCAUACUCAGCACCCUUUGUUUCAAGGAGGAAUGUGUGCUCCAUGCACCGAACGUUUUUUGGAGAGAUUCUUCCUGUGUGAUGAUGAUGGCUAUGCAGCAGAUUGUACAGUCUGCUGUUGGGGUAAAUCUCUCAUAAUGUGUGAUGAUACACAAUGCCACAGAUGUUUUUGCGAACAAUGUGUGGAUACGCUUGUUCGUCCUGGACUUUCAGAGGGAAUCAAAGAAAGACAGAGUUGGAUCUGCUUCAUGUGUGCGCCACAUGAAGUACAUGGAUUACUAAAGAGGAAGACGAAAUGGCAUGCAGAACUGAAGCGCUUCUAUGAUCAAGGAUCUGUAAGGAAAAGCUCAACCCAGAUAUAUCACCCCCUUAAAAAAUGGGAGAAGAAAACAAUCCAUGUGCUGUCUAUAUUUGACAAUAUUACGGAAGAGCUGAAAAGCUUUGGAUUUUUGGGGCAAGGCAAUGGUAGACUGAAGUAUUUGGAUGAUGUCACUAACGUGAAACGAACACACAUAGAAGAAUGGGGCCCAUAUGAUUUUUUAUUUGGUUCCACACCACCCAUUGCAAACUCUUAUCAACAGCCCUCUGCCUGGUAUUUUUACCAAUAUUUUCGUAUUCUUCAGUAUGCGACACCCCCAGAAAGUAAAAAGAUGUUUUUCUGGAUGUUUGUCGAUAACCUGGUGCUGGAGGAAGAAGACCGAGAUACAGCUUCUCGGUUCUUUCAGAUGGAAGCUGUGCUCAGAUAUAAGCAACAUGAUGAUCUCAUCCAGAAUGCAGUACAUGUAUGGAGCAACAUCCCAUCUGUUAACAGUAAAUAUUCAGCUUCAUCCUUGUAUGUGGAUUUGUCUCUGUUGGCAAAGAACAUCCUUAAAACCAGAAUUUUUUCUCAGCGUCCAGCCACUCUAAUUAAGGAAUUUUUUGUUCCCUUGAAAGAAUAUUUUAGGACUUUUCCAUAAGCCACUGCAAGCUAACCU